GCCGCGUGGACUGAAAGCAGGCUUGGCCCGAGGCGGUGGGCGGAGACCAAGAGGGAGGCCCCGGAAGACGGACUGCUCGGUGGAGGUUCCGAUGGCGGGCAUGACGCUCGGAAGGGCUUGGCAGCAGAUGUCUUGGUUCUAUUACCAGUAUCUGCUCGUCACCGCGCUCUACAUGCUGGAACCCUGGGAGAGGACCGUCUUCAAUUCCAUGUUGAUUUCCAUUGUUGGAAUGGCAUUAUACACUGGAUACAUCUUCAUGCCUCAACAUAUCUUGGCAAUAUUACACUACUUUGAAAUUGUACAAUGAACACAAUGUGCUCAAGAAGCAACGGACCAGAGAUCCAUGGAAGGGAAGAAGCAACCUCUCUUGGUGAAAUGAGACUUCAGCAAAUUCCAGACAUAUGUUAUGAAUAUAAAGACUAAAUUUGGUUUAGUAGGAUGAGGAAGCAAUCCCAACUCAUAUGUUGUAUUCAUUAUUCAAGUAUUCCUUUAUACAAUAGUUUUGUCUAUUUUGACAUUGUGGUGGUUUGUACUCAAAAUAUCAGUAUUUUCUUAACCUUUGGAACUGUUUCACUGUUGUUCUGUGAAAACUUUUCUUAAUGUAACAUUGAGUAAAUUUUGAUUGCCUUCUAUUUUUUUAAUCUGAGAUCAUUAGUUAGGCCUCUUGCUUCAGAAGUUGUCUGGACAAAAAUCUACCUGGAUAUAUUUAUAGUUUUCACCAAAGUUUUGUAGAAAUAAUAAUAGCAAGAUAAAGAGGGAAUAUUUCAAUUGAGCAUAAGAGACUUCUUUGUAAGUUUAUACUCAGGAGUAGUUCCAGCUGUGUAGACUGCUCAUUAUAAAACAUUUAUUUUGCUUUAGUGUUAUUAAAAAAAAACAAAGUAUUUCUCCCCUUAAUAAUGAAAGAGCAAAGAAGAUCCUUCUACAGUUUGAAUAAAGGAAUACCUAACUUUUUAAUAGUUAGCCCUAUUUUAUGGAUUUCUCAUUGAUAAAAAAAAGUUCUACAGUAAAAUGCUUGGAGAAGUAAUUAACUUACUUGGGGCAUUAUUAUGGAAUGCUGAUCAAAUGGUAGUUUUAUUAAGUAAGUAGGAAAAGAUUUUCCUAAAGCAUAUCACUAACAUUGUAGUCUUAUAAAAUUAACUUUGAAGAUUGUAGCUGGUGCAUAAUUAGUAAAACUACAACCCAGGGAGCUUUACAAACUUGUUAAUAUACCAUUUCACACUUUGUGAUGUAUGUAUAUUAUUAUGUGUGUUGUAAAAAUUUUCAUUUCCGAAAUAGAAUUUUUCUGUGGUGAAGGCUGAUUAUCAGAAUUGAAAAUGAACUGAUAGGAAAACUUCUUUGUUUGAGAUUUAUGCCAUUCUUGAUUUUAAUCUCAUGCUGUGUAUUUUUUUCCAUUCUAAAUUUAUUGCUACUAAAGAUUAAUAAUUUUUAACUGAUUGGUUUUCAUUUUCUUCCCAUAUUAUAGAAUUGUUAAACUUUAAGAACUGAUUCAAUCAGCAGGUAUUUAUUAAGCAACUUUUAUGUGUCAAGCACAAAGCUACGUGCAAAGACAAAAAGAAAGACAAUUUCAUAUACAAAUAAAGGUUAAAUAAUUUUUCCAAGGUCAUACAA